AGGUAGAAUCCGUGCAUGUGGAGGUCGUUUCCUCUAAAGGACAUAAGUACAUGUGUGCAGAGAUCGGGUCAUCCUCCGGAGGCGCAUCAGCCGCCGCCGCCGCCGCAGCAGCAGCAGGCUGCACACCGACGCCGCUCCGGCUCUACGUAUGAGCCGUCAGUGCAGACAGAGGUUGUAAACAUGGCGGCGGACGGGAUGGUGCUCACUAACCACGACCACCAGACCCGUGUGGGGAUCCUGACCGUCAGCGACAGCUGCUUCAAGAACCUGGCAGAAGACAGGAGCGGAGUCAACCUGAAGGACCUGGUCCACGACCCGUCUCUACUGGGAGGAGCCAUCGCAGCCUACAAGAUCGUUCCAGAUGAGAUUGAAGAAAUCAAGGAAACUCUUCUGGAGUGGUGUGAUGAACAGGAGCUGAAUCUCAUUCUCACUACUGGAGGAACUGGCUUUGCACCACGAGAUGUCACACCUGAGGCCACCAGGGAGGUGAUCGAGCGGGAGGCUCCGGGUAUGGCUCUGGCCAUGCUGAUGGGGUCGCUCAACGUUACGCCUCUCGGGAUGCUGUCCAGGCCAGUUUGUGGGAUUCGUGGGAAAACUCUGAUUAUCAACCUUCCAGGCAGCAAGAAAGGCUCACAGGAGUGUUUCCAGUUCAUCCUGCCUGCUCUGCCUCACGCCAUUGACCUGCUGCGCGAGGCCGCCGUCAGGAUCAGAUCCACGCACGCCGCUCUUGAGCAGCUGCCCUCGCCAUCCUCGCUGAUGACCAACACGCACGUUAACACUAACUCUAACACGCACACCAUGGAGCGCGGCACCCAGUGCGAGGAAGAAGACGAGGAGGAGGAGGACCGGAGGAGGGGGCGGCACAACCACCACCAUCACCAGCACGGCUCCUCCCACAUCACCGCGGCCGCCAUCGCUGCCAAGACCAACCAUGCUGGGGUCAUGGCUAAGGGAGCUCCCUACCUGCCUGGAAACACACCUGCUCCUCCUGCUCAUUUCACCUGUAGUCAUGACCAUCAGAUCCCGGACUCGAUCAUUUCUCGAGGCGUUCAGGUGCUUCCUCGAGAUUCAGCCUCUUUAAGCUCCACCCCUUCCGAAUCACCGCGGGCAACACAGGCAACAUCCCGCCUUUCUACCGCCUCUUGCCCGACCCCUAAGGUCCAAUCUCGCUGUGGCAGCAACGAGAACAUCCUGAGAGCCAGCCACAGCGCCGUCGACAUCAGGAAGGUGGCGCGGCGUCAUCGCAUGUCUCCAUUCCCGCUCACGUCGAUGGACAAAGCUUUCAUCACCGUUCUGGAGAUGACCCCUAUCCUGGGAAUCGAAGUCAUUAACUACAGAGAUGGGUUGGGUCGUGUGCUCGCUCAGGACAUCUAUGCCAAAGACAACCUUCCUCCGUUUCCCGCCUCCGUUAAGGACGGCUACGCUGUUCGGGCUGCUGACGGUCCUGGAGAUCGUUUUAUCGUGGGGGAGUCGCAGGCUGGACAGCAGCCCACCCACACCGUGAUGCCGGGGCAGGUGAUGAGGGUGACGACCGGCGCUCCCAUCCCGUGUGGAGCCGACGCCGUGGUCCAGGUGGAAGACACCGAGCUGCUGAGGGAAUCCGAGGAUGGCACGGAGGAGCUGGAGGUGAGGAUCAUGGUCCAGGCCCGGCCCGGGCAGGACAUCAGGCCGAUCGGCCACGACAUCCGGCGCGGGGAGUGUGUGCUGGCCAAGGGGACACACAUGGGCCCGUCAGAGAUCGGCCUGCUGGCCACCGUGGGCGUGACCGAGGUCAGCGUGCACAAAUUCCCCGUGGUGGCCAUCAUGUCUACAGGAAACGAGCUGUUGAACCCAGAGGAUGACCUCCACCCUGGAAAGAUCCGAGACUCAAACCGCUCCACCCUUCUAGCCACCAUCCAGGAGCACGGAUACCCCACCAUCAACCUCGGCAUCGUCGGAGACAACCCCGACGACCUGCUGUCCGCUCUACACGAGGGAAUCAGCCGCGCUGAUGUCAUCAUCACCUCAGGGGGAGUGUCCAUGGGAGAAAAGGACUACCUGAAACAGGUGCUAGAUAUCGAUCUUCACGCUCAGAUCCACUUCGGGCGGGUGUUUAUGAAACCAGGUCUUCCCACUACCUUCGCCACAGUCGACAUCGAUGGAACGCGUAAGCUCAUCUUCGCUCUCCCAGGUAAUCCCGUGUCGGCUGUGGUGACCUGUAACCUGUUUGUGAUUCCCGCUCUGAGGAAGAUGCAGGGCAUCCUGGACCCCAGACCCACUAUAAUUAAAGCUAGGCUGUCCUGUGACGUGAAGCUGGACCCCAGACCGGAGUACCAUCGCUGCAUUCUCACCUGGCAUCAUCAGGAGCCCCUCCCCUGGGCCCAAAGCACAGGUAACCAGGUGUCCAGCAGACUCAUGUCGAUGCGUAGCGCCAACGGCCUGCUGAUGCUGCCCCCCAAGACGGAGCAGUACGUGGAGCUGCACAAGGGCGAGGUCGUGGACGUCAUGGUCAUCGGGCGGCUAUGAUGCAGACCAUCGUGUCUCUACCGGUUACCGUGGCAACGCCAGGAGUUCUUGUCUGGACAGGAAACAGGUGGGGAGGGGGGUGGGCAGGAAGUGAUGCAUGUCUAUCUGGUCGCCAUUAGCUGUGAUGUCAUAUGCAACAGCCAAUCGGAGCCAGCGCAGGCUGAAUCCUCUCCGGUCUGCUCUGAGGAGAUCGCUGUACUUCAACGGAGAAAAAAAUGUGGAAAAAAUAUAUAAAAAGAGAUUUAUUCUGUAAUAUUAUUAUCCUUAAAAGAAUUAAUAUUCUUAAUUAUAUUCUAUUUAUUAUGAUUAUUAUGGUUCUGAUUGAAUAUUCUCAUCUUAGUGGUACCCUCUCCUCUCCUCUUCAUUUGCUUUGUGACUUUUUCCCUCGUAGGCAGAAACACUAGAGACUUGCCCCUCCUUACUCUUCAUCCUUCUCUCCUCUUUCUUACCCUCCUCUUCAUUUCUCCUCAGUGCUGCUUUGCUCCAACAUCCUCUAACACACACCUAGGAAGUAAAAAACAAACUGCUGUGGCCGUUUUUCCUCCCGGAGCAGAGCGGCAGCUGUUCGUUAAGCCAAGAAAUGAGGAGUAUUUGUAUAUUUUUGUUUGAUUGCCUCUCCGCGUUUACCGCUCAAACAUACAGCGAAAGCCAUGAAAUUCUUCCAGGUGGGAAAUUUCUCUGGUCGGACAUGAAGAACUUUAAUCCUGCGUUCAAGUGAUGUUUAUCGUUCCAGAUUGAAGCUACGUCUCAUAAUCUGCACCAUAUUCUGUUAGUGUUGUCUCGGAUUGUGCAAAAGCUUUGAUCCAGCCAAUAAUUCCUGAGAGGGAACCAAAACGGAGCACAGAAUCAGCCAAAGGAAAACUCUGAAAGGGCCUAGGAAGGUCAGGAGAACUCCCGAUCCAGAUCCACUAAUGGAUCACGGGAAUGUCUGGCUGCUUGGAAGGGAAACGAGCGGAGAGGAGGGCUGGAUCCGGAGUUCUGGACCAGAUCCGGGGUUUAGUAUGAGCUUGUGUUUCCAAAUUUCUGUUUUUUAAUUUUCUCAUCAUUUUAAAAUCUCAUGAAAAGGAUCGAAACGAGCAUCUGUGUGGAAAUCUGAUUCAGGAAUUCUUACUUUGAUUAUUAAUGUAAAUCUGUUUUCAUGAGAUUUGAGUCAACAUCUGUAAAGCCAAGUAUUUCAUCCAGAUGUUUGAUGCAACACUUAAAUAGAUGUAAUUACUACAUUAUUCUGUUUGUAAUUUUUUUGCCAUGUGAUUUUUUUAUUAUAAUUUUAUUUUGAUUUUGAAUUCACCUGUUUCUAAAAUGUGAUGUCAGCAUCUCAUCAUGAGACAAAAACAAAAGGAGAUUAGAUUUAAGACAGAAAUAUAUCAGAACUUUAUUCUCUCAAGAAGAUAUUUUUAAAAUAAUUUAUAAAAAUGCAGAAAUAAACAAUAUAAAAAUGAA